UGGAGCCCAGCCGCGGGUUCGCGGCUGCUGUGAGGGUGAGCUUUCUGGCACCAUGCCGUCUCCGUUUUCCCUGAGCUCCUUCCCAGACAGCAUUCCCGCAGUCAUCACGCAGACAGACUGGACUGAACCGUGGCUGGUGGGGCUCGCCAUCUUCCACCUGCUCUGCCUGCUCCUGACCUGUGCCUCCUCCCAGAGCUAUAGAUUGCAGAUCGGGCAUUUCCUGUGCCUUGUGAUUUUGGUCUAUUGUGCAGAAUACAUCAAUGAGGCAGCUGCGAUGAACUGGAGAUUAUUUUCAAAAUACCAGUACUUUGACUCCAGAGGGAUGUUCAUUUCCAUCGUGUUUUCAGGACCACUGCUGUUGAACGCCAUGAUCAUCGUGGUCAUGUGGGUGCGAAAGACGCUUAGUGCGAUGACAGACCUGAAGAGCCUGCAAGAGAGGAGGAGGCGGAGGAGGAGGAAGGAGGAGUGAGGGCUGCCCCUGUACUGUUGUCCCGUGUCCCAGUGCCCGGGGCCUGUGACCUUCUCAGCAGGCAACUCCAGCGUGAGAAACCGCCUCUCAUCCCCACAGCUGGGCACGUAGAAGUCAUCUAUGGGAUAUGUGCUGAGCAGCGUCUUCAGUGCCGGGGUCUCUGGGUGGCUGUGGGAAGGGUCUCACGGAGCUUCACGACUUGGAGUUUGAUGUGAAGGUGUCCUCAUUGUUCAUGAACUCAUUACAGAGUGUGCAGUGA